AUGUUCUGCCGUAAAGACAUAGAAGAUGAAGAAUCAGAUAGUGAAAACUAUCAAUCAGAAAUUGAGAAUUACUGCAAGGAUAUUGAUUCGUACUAUUGGACUGAAAUAGAAAAAAUAAACAAGGAGUGCAAACACCAAAUUCUUCAAGAAAAAACACCUUACUUAUUGGGUACAGAUUAUGUAACUGCUGAUUGUAGUCCGUUAAGUAUCCAUUGUGGCUUGAGUAUUGCAAGGUGUUUCGCACCAUCAGUAAAAUUGAUGAAAAAAUCAGAAAUAGGAACUCAAAUCACAUUCCGUGCUGACGAAUGGGAACUUUUUAUUUUCACCUUACGAUGUCUGGACAUCAGUUAUUUAUCGGACAAUGAAGUACCAUGCAUUACAACAUCCAAAGAAGAGGACAUUAAACAUAUUGAAUGUGAUGAAGAUGUGAAAAUAUGCAAAACGUCAACUUUAGAUUGUAAAAUUUUAAAAGUUUACACAAGAAGGGAGUCCAUCAAUUAUCACAUACUUUCAGAAGAAGAAGAAGACAACUCUCUGAUUUGCUCCGAAUCAAUAGAAUCUACUCCAUCUCCGGAGGCACCUGCAUCAACGGCACCCGGACCAUCCACCACCACCACCACCACCACCACCACCACCAAAAACAUACAACAAAAACAAAGUUGCCAUUGCAAUAAAAGGGAAAAAGCGUCAGCCCUACCAAACCAACCAACAAAAAACAUAACUAUACAGGUACAUUAUAAUGACAAAGGGGAAUUAUUAUAUAAAACAAUUAAAUUCAAAACAACGUGUAACUGUGAGAAAAACAAAUAA